AGUUAUAUUGAAUCUUCUUGGUUGGAAUACUAUUCUUGAUAUUUACAAAUUGAUAAUGAUCAUUAGUUGCUAAUUAAUAUAUCUACAAGUGCAUUUGCAAGAAAAAAGACAGAGCUCUACCUAGCACACAAAAAUGGCAGAAAACAACAUAAGGUUGCAUGUGGCAGUAUUUCCAUGGCUAGCUUUUGGCCAUAUGAUUCCAUAUUUGGAGCUAUCAAAGCUCAUUGCUGAAAAGGGUCAUACAGUUUCCUUCAUUUCUACUCCAAGAAACAUCGAUCGUCUACCAAAACUUCCUUCAAAUCUUUCUCAGUUCUUGAAGUUCGUCAAACUUCCGAUGCCCCACGUAGAAAAGUUACCGGAGAAUGCAGAAGCCACUAUUGAUGUACCUUAUGAGCAAGUCAAAUACCUCAAACUUGCAUAUGAUGGACUCGAAGAGUCCAUGGCUAAGUUUCUAGAAGAUUCAACUCCUGAUUUUAUAUUCUUCGACUUUGCUUCUUACUGGAUUCCUUCAAUCGCUUCAAAAUUCAGCAUUCCAACGGCUUAUUUCAGCAUAUUCAUAGCCGCGGCUCUGGGUUUCACCGGACCUGUCCCAGGAUUGAACAAUGAUUAUGAAAUUCGGGAGACACCAGAGGAAUAUACUAUUUGCCCCAAAUGGGUGCCGUUUGACACCACCGUCGCUUUCAAGUUGUUUGAAGUUUCAAGAAUCUUUGAAGCUUCCAUGAAAGGCGAGGAAGAAAAUGUUUCUGAUUUGUUUCGUAUAUUUAAAACAUUCGAACACUGUAAUUUUUUGCUUGUGAGAAGUUGUUCAGAAUUUGAACCAGAAUGGUUGAAAGUUGUCGAGGAUAUUCAUCGUAAACCAGUUUUUCCAGUGGGACAACUUCCGACAACGACAUAUGAUGAUGAUAGCACGAAGAUUAAUGCAUGGGAAGAGAUAAAAUUAUGGCUUGACAAACAAGAAAAGGGGAAAGUGAUUUACGUGGCAUUUGGUAGCGAAGCAAAACCGAGUCAAAACGAACUCACUGAGUUAUCUCUCGGGUUAGAGCUUUCUGGAUUACCAUUUUUCUGGGUUUUAAGAACUAAGAGAGGGGAAUCUGAUGAUGAAUUGAUUCAAUUACCACAUGGAUUCGAAGAUCGAACAAAGGGGAGGGGAAUUGUGUGCACGAGUUGGGCCCCACAACUUAAGAUAUUGAGUCACCACUCAGUGGGUGGAUUUUUGACUCAUUCAGGGUGGAGUUCAGUGGUCGAGGCAAUACAAUUCGAGAGACCAUUGGUUCUGUUGACGUUCUUGGCUGAUCAGGGAAUAAAUGCUAGGCUUUUGGAGGAGAAGAGGAUGGCGUAUUCAAUUCCUAGAGAUGAUCGAGAUGGAUCGUUCACUCGUGACUCAGUGGCUGAGUCAGUGAAUUUGGUACUCGUUGAGGAAGAGGGUGAGAUUUACAGGAAAAAGGUCAAAGAGGUGAAAGAUCUUUUUUGUGACAAGAAAAGACAAAAUAAUUAUGUGGCUAAUUUAUUAAGUUUUCUUCAAAACUAUAAAAAGACUGAAAGAUGAAAUGGAAAAAAAAAAGCUUGGGUUUGCAUGCACCUUUUAAUAGUUGUGAUAAUAAUAAUUUGAUAAAUAAUGUAAUAUAA